AUGGCUGGGUCCCAUAGGAGUCCUGGUCUAAAGGACCAGUGGAGAGGUUCGGGCGACGCUGGAGACCACCGUGGCCGUGAGAGGCAUCGACCUCGAGGUUCCUAUCGUGAUAGAGGGAGGGACAGGUUUCACGACCGAGAACGUCGCCGUUGGUCUAAGCCUGAUCGUUCGUCACGGUCGCCGCCACCGCGUUCCUAUCCCGAUCCAGAUAACGAACCUCAACAUCGUGAAUUUUCUUCUAACAACGCUUUUAUCCGUGGAUCUCCGGACCCGUCACACUCGGAAAUACGCUCCAACCAAAAAUCAAAUCGCCUGCAUUCUCCUGAACCCGUCGACCAUCGCGGUCCUGACUCACUCAUGAGGUCCAAUAAUAGAGAUUAUCGCAGAGACGAUUCUCCAUCCGCACCUCCAUCUAAAAGAAAAAGAACACGCAGCCCGUCGCCUGGCGGCUUCCAUAGCCGUCCACCUACCCAUCCCCGAGGUGCACACCCGAGACACGGUCCCGACUUCGACCGUGGCAAAAGACGAGGGGGGCGUAUGCCAGGCCGUGGCAGGCCCAGUCGAAGGCCAUCACCUCGACGCGGCCGGGACCGACGAAAACACGAGGGAGGCCCUCGGGAUUCGUCAUGGCGAAGGCAUUCCAGAUCUCCCGGCUGGGAUGAUAAACCAUAUACUCACCCAAGUCGGCGCUUCCCAAGCCCUCGAGCAGACGACGAGGUCGAGCGGGAUUCGUAUCACCGAUCGCCCUCUCGCAACUCUGCAGGUACUCUAGACUCGAGACCAUCCGCGUUUUCUCGUCGAGGAUCGAAAGGCGAUAUUGCGAUGUAUCCACCCGGUUCACCAUCUCGAGAGAAUCUAGACUCCGCCGUGGACACAGCGCGUGCAUCAGGGCAACGUCGUCGCUCAAGGUCUCCAGCUAAUUCAUAUCAUGGAUCUACUCGUUCAAAUUCUCCCUAUUCCAGUACGCGAGGUGGACGAAAUGGGCAGCACUUUUCACACCACAGCCACCAUAGGCAAAGUAAUCCGUCUGGAGAUACUUCCCCAAGCUAUCACUCACAUAGCCGACCCCCUUCAUCUCAUACUACGUCAUCACACACCCAUCGUGAUGGACAGCAAAGAUACCGUGAAUCACACCAAGACCAUCGACCUUUUGCCUCUGGAUCCGGUGGACCCAUUUCUCAUGGCAGAAGCCGUUUCAGCAGCCCUCAGCGUGACGAUACUGAGCCACGAAAUAGAGGAGGGCCUCCUAGUCCCCCUCCGCCUGGCCCACCAUCAGAAAAUCCUCCACCCCCGCCUCCACCUACAGAACCCCGAUCGCACCGAGAAGCAUAUCAAAACUUCUCUAAUCAUCAAACUACAGGUCAGGAUCUACGAGACGAAGGCCCAAAGCAUGAUUCCGAUGUCGGCACUGGUCAAAGUACACAAUCGGACUCGCGUCCACCAGAUACGUCUUCCACCCCUAACAAGGGCGGCAAGAUCAGCUUUGCUUUCAAAGCCAAGACUGGGCCACCAACUGCUCCUAAACCUAUACCUGAUUUAACUCAACGAAUGCUAGCGCGGGAACCUCCUCCACGUGCUCCCGAACCCCCUCGCAAUAGGAUGUUUAAUGGACCACCACCCAGAUUCAAGCCGGAGCCGCGCUUUGACCGACGUGAUCGCGACCGCGACCGACACCGUGAUAGGGAUCGAAAUAGAGGCAGGGGUGACCGACGAGACUAUAGGGACCCGCGGGAGCCACGUGGUUUCCGUGACCCUCGAGAUUCCCGUGAUAACAGAAGAGAUGAUCGUCGGGGUGACAAUCGCCAAGAUAAGCGGAGAAACGACAGGGCUCAAGAUUUCCGUCCGGAACGUCGCCAGGAGCGCUCUCCAGAGCCGGUUAAACGAUCGAAGAUCCUGCUUCGACCCAAACCGCGCCCCACGAUUUCCGAAGAAUUUGCCAAGUCGGACUCGGUAUAUUUCCGCAAACCUGGAAAUGAAUCUGUGAUUGGUGCCGGUACGUACGGCAAGGUGUUUAAGGCAAUCCAUGUGUAUACGCAGAGAAAGGUUGCACUGAAGAAAAUUCGAAUGGAGGGUGAGAAGGAUGGAUUCCCUGUGACUGCUGUCCGAGAGAUCAAAUUACUUCAACACCUGCGCAAUCAUAAUGUUGUCAGUUUGCUUGAAGUUAUGGUUGAAAGGAACGAAUGCUUCAUGGUCUUCGAAUACCUUUCGCAUGAUCUCACUGGUUUGAUCAACCACCCGACUUUUUCUCUCACCGCGGCCCAUAAGAAGGAUCUCGCAAAACAAAUGUUCGAAGGGUUGGAUUAUCUACAUCACCGAAGUGUUCUACAUCGGGAUAUCAAAGCUGCCAAUAUUCUCAUCAGUAACCAGGGGCGCCUGAAAUAUGCUGAUUUCGGUUUGGCCCGGUUUUUCUCGAAGAGUCGCCAGCUCGAUUAUACAAACCGCGUGAUUACUAUUUGGUACCGGCCCCCCGAGCUUCUGUUGGGUGAAACAAGAUAUGGACCAGCUGUCGAUGUAUGGAGUGCGGCCUGCGUAUACGUCGAAAUGUUCACGAAAAAGGCAGUCUUUCCUGGAGAGGGAGGGGAAAUUAGCCAACUGGAUAAGCUAUAUAACAUGCUAGGAACGCCAAAUCGGACCGAGUGGCCCGAUAUCGCUGAGAUGCCUUGGUUCCAGCUCAUGAGGCCAACAGAACGGAAGAAGCGAGUAUUCGAGCAUGUAUAUCGGAAUAUCUUGUCUCCAGCCGCGCUAGACAUGAUUUCGCAGGUCUUCCGUUACGACCCAGCUAAGCGUCCUACUGCUGAAGAGGUUCUUGCGCAUCCCUAUUUCCAUUCCGAGGAACCAAGUCCUCAACAGCCAAUUGAACUGGAGAAUAUCCAAGGUGACUGGCACGAGUUUGAGUCCAAGGCGCUUCGGAAAGAGAGGGACAGAGAAGCCCGACGGGCGGAAUAUCAGAAGGAUAAGGAGAAGAGGAGAACCGCCACCGCGCAAGAUGAGCGAGAACCCAAGCGUGUCAAACAAGAUACGGGUGGAGGGAUGGCGCCUUCAGCUCCGUUGGCUGAGCAGCAGUAG